CGCGAUAUUACCCGAACCUGUUUGACAGGCACCAAGGGGAGGUGAGAAGAGAGACAGCAAAAUAGCCCGGUUGUUCUGUUGCAAGCGAACGAAAGACCAACAUUUAACACACAAUUUGUCGUUUGGAUUGAACUAAAAAACAUACCAAUCCUGCUGUGUAUCAGACGCGAUUUCCUGAUAACACUACGUGAGGCCUGGAAGUACGCGGCCACAGAAGCCGAAUUGUAUGUGUGAAGGGCUAAGUGUUAGCUGGCAGGCUACAUAGCAUAGCCAUUGCUUCAAUGGCGUUGAAAAGAAUUCAGAAGGAGCUGUCUGACCUGCAGAAGGACCCACCUGCUCAAUGCUCCGCUGGACCAGUUGGAGAGGAUUUGUUUCAUUGGCAGGCAACAAUAAUGGGUCCGAGUGACAGCCCUUACCAGAGCGGAGUGUUUUUCCUCACUAUUCACUUUCCGACAGAUUACCCCUUCAAACCACCCAAAGUCGCAUUCACAACAAAAAUUUACCACCCAAAUAUCAACAGCAAUGGGAGUAUUUGUCUGGAUAUACUGAGAUCACAAUGGUCACCUGCACUUACAGUAUCAAAAGUAUUAUUGUCUAUCUGCUCUCUUCUUUGCGACCCAAACCCGGAUGACCCACUGGUACCAGAGAUCGCUCACACAUACAAGGCCGACAGGGAAAGGUACAACAAAUCAGCAAGAGAAUGGACACAUAAGUAUGCAAUGUGAAAAUGCCAGUGAGAUGAAAAUACAAAUGAAAACAAAAUAAACACGUUUGAUUUGUAACUUGAGGCAAAUGAGCAACAGGUGAGGAGGAGGAGGGGGAAGAAGAAGAAGGAGGAGGAGGAGGAGGAAGUGAUACAAUGAGGUACAGUGCCACCUGGCUUUCCAUGUGCUGAGCUGCUACCAUGUGCUGUCCUUUAUGACUUGUGUGAAUCUGCUGAGCAGGACCUGAUGGGCUCCUUAAAGCACUCCCAUAUGGAAUACCGGAAACUCUUCACAGUCCAUAACGCCACUCUCAGACUUUAAACUGUUACUCCUGCUAUUGUGAUUUUCACUAUUGUUGUUGCUAUCCACACUCAUCAUUUCGCCGUCAAUGAGUCAUGUUGUUGUUCUACUCUGAAGCAAAUUUUUGGAUUUAUUUUUGAGAUCGACUCUCCCUUCAUUUUCAGAGGUACUGUCUGUGUCCCACUGGAUGUCUUUUUAUUGCUGUAUUUCCAUGUAUUUAGUGGCCUUUCUGUGUUAUGAUUUUUGGUAUGUGCAAUUGAGGCAGAAUGUUCCCUGUUGAACUCAAAAUGGUGCAGUACCAUUACCAGCAGUUACAAUCUGUUGGCAAAUACUGUGUCUACCCCGUAACAAUGUGAAAGAUGCAAAGAAGGAUUGGUCUCUUAUCACCCACACUGCAUUUUAAAUUGCAAUAGUAUUUAGUGGUUUUUGAGGACACUCUUGUAGGACGAAUGUCAACCCGCAUUUUUCUCACACAUGCUGUCAUUGCUUUUAUUUUGUGUAUAACACCGAUGGCUGGUACCCAUAGUGCACUGAAUACUACUGUUUGACUUCUUACUUCUUGUGUAACUUUGAACAUGGCUACUCUUUGGCGUAUAGCUGAGCGGUGUGUCACCUCCUCAGUGCAGUUACUCAGGUAUCUAACCAAAUCAUCAGCCUUUUACAUGCAGUGACCCAUUGUGAGAAAAAUGACCAGAUGCCGUAACAUCAUUAAAAUGUGCUUCUCUACCUUAACUGGUUUGUUCAUAUACAAGAAAAAGCUCACACUGAAGAGACUAAAUUAAUUAAAAGAAGAAAAAAAAGACCAGCUCUUCAUACAUCUAGACCAGCACAGUCUGUGUUGCGUAAAAGUGCCCCGUCCAAAAAGUAGUCGUUUUGUCUCGACUAGGCCUUUUUCAAUUAUCCCCGAGUUCUUCUCAUAAGCAUCAUCAUUGAGUUUUUAGCAACACCUGGAUGGGAGCAGCUUUUAAACAACGCUACUGUUUUAAAUGGAAUGCCCUUUGGUUACAGCCGCCACCAGUUAUAUUUAAAAUGGGAACUUAAACAGGCAUGGCAUCUUUCAGAACCUAGUCAUAUGAAGUCAUUUGCAUCUUGUUGCUCAACAUUAAGAAAUACAGUUUUCAUGACAACUUAAUCAAGUGAUGUGAAGAGUCAGCAUUUCUUUCUGUUCGUAUGCGGGUCUGCAAAGAUUUGUUUUGUUUUGGAAUGAACAAUCCACACUAACCGUGCAACCGUUUGUCUCAGUGAAACAUUGGUGACCUUUUGUAUUGUAUCUUUGAAAGCUUUAGUGGUAGGUUUAUUCAUCUUCAUUCAUGUCACCAGAAUUGAACAAGAUUGUGAUGUGUCAUAAUGUAAUAUCGGUUUUAAUAUAAUUCAUUGUGGCUGUUGGGUAAAAUAGUUAGGAAAUGCUUCUUUUUUUUUUCUUACUUUUGUUUUUUUUAAUCAUGGCUCAUAAUGUGCUGAUGCUGCCAAUAUAAAGGGAAUUGUUUGAUAUAAAGGGGAAGAAAUUAAUCCUUUGAGGCAUUUUGGAGUGAAUUCAUCCAAAUAGGCCCAUAGUAAAGCACUGACAUUUUAGAGACCUUGAUUUUAGAAUCAACACCAUUGUUCACGCGCCAAUUAUAGAUUUUUAUCAUUGUCAACUGCUGUAGAGAAAAUUGUCAAAACAAGUCAUUUUGAUGAACAGUGUACACUAAAAAAAAUUGAAAAUAUAACCUCAAAAUGCAGUGAAAGUUUUUUCUCGACCCGACCAUAAACUAAAAUAACUUAAUAGUAAUAGUUCAAGCUUUGUGUGCAUUGUUUGUCCAGCUAUUUAUUUCAGAGCUGAGUAUCUCCCUACUGUACCAAUGAAUGCAGCCUCGAUUCAUCAUGUGAGUGGUGCGACAUUGAAUUCCUUUGUCCAGUGUGCUCAAUAGAGUUUAUAUAGGCAGCUUGGCAUGCUUUGCACUCUGGUGAACCUUCUCACAGCCAUUUGCCAGAUAUCAGGGAUUUCGUUACAAUUCAUCUGCCUAACACCUCUGACUAAAAUUUUAGCCUUAACCCUCAUUUUGUGUGUGCAUAUAUAUAGCGAGAGAGAGAGAGAGAGAACAUUGUCAUAAUCUGUAAAUUUGCUAUCAGGGCUGUAUCCCUUAAACGGGUGAUUCAUUUCAUCUAAAGACAUGGUAAUCUGCUUGAACAGUAACAAAAUUUUGGUUGAAAAUGUCAGCCUGGCUUUCUCUUGACAGCUGGACCAGCCUUCAUGCAUCUCAAAAAUUGGAAUAUGUCUGCUUGAAAUGCCACCACGAACGUCCACUUGUCAUCACAUAGCCUACACAAGAUAACUAUUGACCUUGUCAUGACAUAUAAAUAAAGCUCAUCUUGGUUUACCGUU